GCUUCCGCAGGAAGAAGGAAGCGGCACCGCUGUCGCCUCCUGGCCCUCCCUCCUAGGUCCGCCUGGCUCCACCAUGUCCGCCUCGGCUGUCUUCAUCCUGGAUGUCAAGGGCAAGCCCCUCAUCAGCCGCAACUACAAGGGUGACAUUCCCAUGAGUGAGAUUGAAUACUUCAUGCCUCUGCUCAUGCAGCGGGAGGAAGAGGGUGCCCUGGCACCACUGCUGAGUCAUGGCCGGGUCCACUUCUUGUGGAUCAAACAUAGCAACCUCUACUUGGUGGCCACCACGCUGAAGAAUGCCAAUGCCUCCCUGGUGUACUCAUUCCUCUACAAGACAGUAGAGGUAUUCUCUGAGUACUUCAAGGAGUUGGAAGAGGAGAGCAUUCGAGACAAUUUUGUCAUAGUCUAUGAGCUGCUGGAUGAGCUCAUGGACUUCGGCUUCCCACAGACCACUGACAGCAAGAUCCUGCAGGAGUACAUCACCCAGCAGGGCAACAAGCUGGAGACUGGAAGGUCACGCGUGCCACCCACUGUCACCAAUGCUGUGUCUUGGCGCUCUGAGGGCAUCAAGUACAAGAAAAACGAGGUCUUUAUUGAUGUCAUAGAGUCAGUCAACCUGCUGGUCAAUGCCAAUGGCAGCGUCCUGCUGAGUGAGAUUGUGGGUACCAUCAAGCUCAAGGUGUUUUUGUCUGGAAUGCCAGAGCUACGGCUGGGCCUCAAUGACCGUGUGCUCUUCGAACUCACUGGCCUUUCAGGGAGCAAGAACAAGUCUGUGGAGCUGGAAGAUGUGAAAUUCCACCAGUGUGUGCGUCUCUCUCGCUUUGACAAUGACCGCACCAUCUCUUUCAUCCCGCCUGAUGGUGACUUUGAGCUCAUGUCCUACCGCCUCAGCACCCAGGUGAAGCCACUGAUCUGGAUCGAGUCCGUCAUUGAGAAGUUCUCCCACAGCCGUGUGGAGAUCAUGGUCAAGGCCAAGGGGCAAUUUAAGAAACAGUCAGUGGCCAAUGGUGUGGAGAUAGCUGUGCCCGUACCCAGCGACGCUGAUUCCCCGCGCUUCAAGACCAGUGUGGGCAGUGCCAAGUAUGUGCCCGAGAAGAACGUCGUAAUUUGGAGUAUUAAGUCUUUCCCGGGAGGCAAGGAGUACCUGAUGCGUGCCCACUUUGGCCUUCCCAGCGUGGAGAAGGAGGAGGUGGAGGGCCGGCCCCCCAUUGGGGUCAAGUUUGAGAUCCCCUAUUUCACUGUCUCUGGAAUUCAGGUUCGAUACAUGAAGAUCAUUGAGAAAAGUGGUUACCAGGCCCUGCCCUGGGUUCGCUAUAUCACCCAGAGUGGCGAUUAUCAACUUCGUACCACCUAGAAGGGAGAAGAGGUGGGAGCAUGAACAUGGGCCUCCCUCUCCUCAGGCCCUGACUUCAGACUUUAGAGGGAAGAAAGGGGUAUGUGUGUGGUGUGUGUGUGUGUGUAGCCUGACUUAACAGUUACUUGCUCCAAGUCCCACCUAUAUCUGUACCUAUAGGCUGUGAGGAAGGGUCUCCUCUCCUUCUGGGAUCCUCCUCCUUCCUUUUAUAUGAAGAAAUAGAGGGGGGGUUUGAAGCCCCCUUAUGAGUGCCUUCUUGCUGUGACCUGCCUUACGGGAUGUGGGGGACCCUCCACCUUCACAUUUGCUGAGCCUAAAUGGGGGCCCUCCUCCCCGCCCCCCUUUCUGAGUUUUAGGAUGGCAUUAAA